UCCCGGGCUGCAGGUUCUCACCAUCGCGGAAUCCGCGGCAGAUUUGCUUAAACGUAUCGGCGGGUGGUAUGGUGUGGCUUAGUCGCGCUCUCUUAGGCAGGCAGUAUGGCAGAUUUAUGGAUGACCUAAGGAUCUAUGUGAAAGGUGGAUCUGGUGGAAUGGGUUAUUCCCGCUUAGGUGGCAUUGGAGGAAAAGGCGGUGAUGUCUGGUUAAUAGCAGAUGAAAAAAUGACCUUGAAGAAAAUGAAAGAUAAAUAUCCAAGAAAGCGGUUUGUAGCAGAGGCAGGAACCAACAGUAGUAUUGCUGCACUGAAAGGUAAUAAAGGAAACGACUGUGAAGUAACUGUGCCUCCAGGAAUAUUUGUUACUACAGAUGAUGGGAAAGAGCUUGGUAAACUUGACAAAGAAGGAGAAAGAUUGUUGGUAGCCCAUGGAGGUAUUGGUGGAUGUCCUGUAACAAAUUUCUUGCCCACCAAAGGUCAAGCUCACACGAUACAUCUUGAUCUAAAACUUAUUGCAGAUGUCGGUUUAAUUGGAUUUCCAAAUGCAGGAAAGUCAUCUUUAUUAGCUAGGAUCUCUCGUGCCAAACCUCAAAUUGCAGAUUAUGCUUUUACAACAUUAUCUCCUGAAAUUGGAACUGUGACAUAUCCUGAUCACAAGCAGAUAACAGUUGCUGAUCUUCCAGGAUUAAUAGAAGGUGCUCAUGCAAAUAAAGGAAGAGGCCAUAAGUUUUUGAAGCACGUGGAAAGGACUAAACAGCUUCUCUUUGUUAUUGAUGUUUCUGGGUUCCAACUAUCUUCUCAAACACCAUUCAGAACAGCUUUUGAAACUAUAAUGUUACUAGCAAAGGAGCUGGAACUGUAUAAAGAAGAACUUCAAACUAAAUCUGCAUUGCUUGCUGUGAAUAAAAUGGAUUUGCCUAAUGCUAAAGAAACAUAUGAAAAAUUAAUGGAACAACUACAGAAACCUCAAAAUUAUUUACACUUGCUUCCACCAAAGAUGAUUCCUGAAGUCGCUGUCAAUUUCAAAGAGAUCAUUCCUAUAUCUGCACAUACUGGAGAAGGGUCUGAGCAGUUGAUUGCAUGCUUAAGAAAAAUAAUAGAUCAAGAAGCAGAAGAAAAGAUUGAAAGUUAUCAGAGGGAGCAACUCAGUGCAUUGCAUCUCUCAAAAAUAUAGCAACAUUUUUUCAAUUAAAUUAAUUCAAGUUUUGUAAUUCUGCCUGUAAUUAAUUGGUUCUCUUUCUUAAACAUAAGUAUUUGUAUUUUGUUCUUGCAAAAUAGUAAAAACAUAUGCAGAUUUUAAAGUUAUGUAUAUCAUGAAAUUUGUAGAAUAAUUUUUAAAACAUGUAAAUAUGUACUCUUAUAUA